CGGCGUGCCUCGCGGCGGGAAGAAGCCGAGCGGGUUCGAGGCCGACGCGACCCUUCUUCGUUGCCGCCGCGCUGCCGCCGUCGCCCCCGCUGCCGCCGCUGCCGCAGUCUGAGAGAAGCCGUCGCGGCCGCUCCUGCCGCUCCCUCCGGCCACCAUGUCCGCCCAGGCGCAGAUGCGGGCCCUGCUAGACCAGCUCAUGGGCACGGCCCGGGACGGUUCAGUGUAUCUUUGCCUGCCUACAUCAAUCUGCAAGGGAGUUGCAGAAAAGCCUCAUGUUCAUCGAGCCGAGACGAAACCAGACAGAGGGUCAAGUUUACAGAUGACCGUGUCUGCAAGAGUCAUCUUCUGGACUGCUGCCCCCACGACAUUCUGGCUGGGACGCGCAUGGAUUUAGGAGAAUGUACCAAAAUCCACGAUUUGGCCCUCCGAGCAGAUUAUGAGAUUGCAAGUAAAGAAAGGGACCUCUUUUUUGAAUUGGAUGCGAUGGAUCACUUGGAGUCCUUUAUUGCUGAGUGUGAUCGGAGAACUGAGCUUGCCAAGAAGCGGCUGGCAGAGACGCAAGAGGAGAUCAGUGCAGAAGUUUCCGCAAAGGCAGAAAAAGUACAUGAGUUGAACGAAGAAAUAGGGAAGCUUCUUGCUAAAGCUGAACAGCUAGGAGCUGAAGGAAAUGUGGAUGAAUCCCAGAAGAUUCUUAUGGAAGUGGAGAAAGUCCGUGCAAAGAAAAAAGAAGCUGAGGAAGAAUACAGGAAUUCCAUGCCUGCAUCCAGUUUUCAGCAGCAGAAGCUGCGUGUUUGUGAAGUCUGUUCAGCCUACCUUGGUCUCCAUGACAAUGACCGUCGUCUUGCAGACCACUUCGGGGGCAAGUUACACUUGGGGUUCAUUCAGAUCCGUGAGAAGCUCGAUCAGUUAAGGAAAACUGUGGCUGAAAAGCAGGAGAAGAGAAAUCAGGAUCGGCUGAGGAGAAGAGAGGAGAGGGAGCGGGAAGAACGACUGAGCAGGAGGUCUGGAUCAAGAACCAGAGAUCGCAGGAGGUCGCGCUCCCGGGACCGGCGUCGGAGGCGGUCAAGAUCUACCUCCAGAGAGCGGCGGAAGUCGUCCCGGUCCCGGUCCCGAGACAGACACCGGCGCCACCGAAGCCGUUCCCGGAGCCACAGCCGGGGCCACCGCCGGGCAUCCAGGGACCGGAGUUCGAAAUACAAGUUCUCCAGAGAGCGGGCCUCAAGGGAGGAGUCCUGGGAGCGCGGGCGGAGUGAGCGGGGGGCCACCGACUGGAGGCUCGAGAGCACCAAUGGAAAGACUGCGUCACGGAGGUCGGAGGAAAAGGAGGCCGGCGAGAUCUGAACCCACGCCCAGGCGCUGUAAAUAGUCCGAUACAUGUUUGACACAGCCUAACGUUACCCUUUAUAUUUGCUGAAUACAACUCAUCUUUUGUAGUUUACCAUUUCUAUUGUUUUGGAGCUAGCUGUGAGUUUCUCGAGAUGUACAGAGUUGCUCCUGUGUUCUGGGUUAUGUCAAGUGGGAAUAAAUAGCCUGACAGACUGCUUCCUGA